UCAACAAGCUCAGGAGCAACUAAGAGAGAGAGAUAGAGAAGAGAGAGAGUCUUCCUGGGUAGUUAGCAGAAAUGAUAUUAGAAUGACAGAAAGGAUUCUAGGGAGAGGAGGAUGGGGAGAGGUCAGAGUAGCUCGUUUCCAUGGACUGGAAGUUGCUGCAAAGGUACUUCACGAGACCAUCAUAUCAGAAUAUAACGUGUCACUGUUCUCUCGUGAAAUGAAUAUUGCUUCUAAAAUACGUCAUCCUAACCUCCUUCAGUUCAUAGGAGCAACUACAGAGGGUAAUCCAAUGAUCCUGACAGAGCUAAUGCCGACGAGCCUAAGAAAGGAAUUAGAGAGUGGAGGAGUGGCCUAUUCUGCGAUACUGAGCAUCAGUUUAGAUGUAGCCUGUGCUCUCAAUUACCUUCAUCUCUUCAAGCCUCAUCCUAUACUACAUAGAGAUGUCAGCAGUGCUAAUGUACUCCUUCAACCAAUGGGAGUUGGAUGGAGGGCUAAAGUAUCAGAUUAUGGAUCAGCUAAUCUUCAGCAUCUUAUAAUUAGGUCAGUCAAUCCUGGUGGCCCACUUUAUGCAGCACCUGAAGCAGGGAAUCCAAGGGAACACUCUCCUUCAAUGGAUGUGUUCAGUUAUGGUGUCCUCCUUCUAGAGAUGAUAACACAACGUAUUCCUCUACCAGAAGAGAGAGUAGGUCUUAUUGAUAGUAUUAGAAGAGCCUCGUUUAGGUCUCUUGUUGAACGCUGCCUGAUAGUUGAGUAUAGACACCGUCCAACAAUGAAUGAUAUUAUAACUGAACUAAAUGACACUGUUUGAUUAUUUCUAGUAUUAAUAGUAGACUCAUUAGUUAAUUAGAU